AUGAGCUCGGCAGAGCUGGUUGUCGGAGACAGGCCCCUUUUGAACAACGAGGAGAUGGUGUCGAAGGCGAUUCCAGGUGCAGAAGCUUUGGCUUUCCUCAGCAUCAAGCCGGUGAACUGCUCAUGCGCCUCCACAUCCGGCUGCGAGCGGGAAGAUCUGCGCGUUGUGAGCAUUUUAGAAGACUAUGGACCGUUUGGGCAACUAGACCGGGUUGAAAACCUGGCUUUCACUGACUGUAGUUUUUUGGUAUGCGUGACAAUUCCCAACAGUGUUUGGGCGAUUGGGAGACACGCCUUCAAAGGUUGCUGCUCACUGGCAAGUGUGACCAUCCCGAACUCUGUGCAGGAGAUUGGACCUUUGGCCUUUCACGGAUGCAGAUCCCUUGCAAGCGUGACCAUCCCGGAUUCCGUACACUCGAUUGGCAAGAGUGCCUUUUGCGGAUGCAGCUCGCUUACAAGCGUGACCAUCCCCGGCCCCGUGACUGAUAUUCUAGAAAAUACCUUUCAAGAUUGCAGCUCGCUGGAAAGCGUGACCAUGCCCAAUUCUGUGACUUGGAUUGACGAAAGUGCCUUUCGAGAUUGCAGUUCCUUGGCAAGUGUCCCCAUCCCCAACUCUGUAGAGUUUAUUGCAGGCAGGGCCUUUUGCGGAUGCAGCUCGCUUACAAGCGUGACCAUCCCCAAUUCUGUGCUUGAGAUCGGUGAAAGUGCCUUUCAGGAUUGCAGUUCCUUGUCGAGCGUUACCAUCCCAAACUCCGUAGUGUAUAUUGACGAUGGUGCUUUUCGCGGAUGCAGCUUGCUUAUAAUCGUGACCAUCCCCGAGUCCGUGAAAAGAAUUCGACCAAGCGUCUUCCGAGAUUGCAGCUCCUUGUCAAGUGUCACCAUCCCCGACUCCUUACGGGAGAUUGCAGAUAGUGCCUUUCGCGGAUGCAGCUCGUUUACAAGCAUGACCAUCCUCUUCCAAGAUCGCAGCGUCUUGGCAAGCGUGGUCAUCGAAGAUUCGGUCCCUGAGGUGAGUGCUGCUUCCUUGGCAGACUGCAGCUCGUUGACAAGUGUGAGCAUCCCCAACUGCGUGAGAAAGAUCGGCCAAAGUGCAUUUCAAGAUUGCAGCUCGCUGGAAAGCGUGACCAUCGCCAAUUCUGUGACUGUGAUUGAAGAAAGUGCCUUUCGAGGUUGCAGCUCCUUGGCAAACGUCAUCAUCCGCAACUCUGUAACUGUGAUUGGAGACAAUGCCUUUCGCGGAUGCAGCUCGUUAACGAGCAUGACUAUCCCAGACUCUGCAACUCGGAUUGGCAAGGAUGCCUUUGCUGGCUGCAACUUCGAACCUAUUUGCAGGGGCGCUGGGCAGGAGGCCGGGGAGUCCCUGAAUGCUGGAGCUGGCGGGCUAUAUCUGUGCACCACCAUGUAG